AUGUCACACUCGCUUGGUAUCUAUUCGGGCGCGGCGGCGCCCACCCAGGGGCUUCGAGCGUCGAGGCACGUCUCACGCGCUCGCGCCCCGCACGGUUUGUCGGUGACGGCUCAGGCCGCAAACUCGCCCCACAACCAUCGGGCGGUGUCCCCGGCGAAGCCCCGCCCCGGUUCCGUGCUCGCGCAGCCGAAGACGGUGACGCAGUCCGACACGGCGGUCAAUGCGACCGCCGCGGGUUCGACCGGCGCGCUGUCCGCGUCCGGUUCGGACAGCCCCGCUCGCGGUCGCACGUCCGUCACCUUCUCCAAUGCGGCCGUAAACUCCGCCGGCUUUCAAAGGACGUCGUGGUACGGCGCGGUGGACAACCGCUCGGCGGUGGGCGCUUCGUCGCUCGCUCAGGACGGGGCGCUCACCCCGGGGCGACGCAACCUACGCGCGAUCCGGCCCAUCACGCAACGCGCGGGUAGCUCUUCCGCGGGCGCCGGCCAGUCGUCGUCCACGCCGGCCGCCAACCCCAAGAUCCCUCCGCCCGCCGCAAAGCCCACCGCGGAGGCGUCGCCGGCUGGGGAGCUCAGGCUCCCGAGGGAGAGCGCGACGGGCGACGUCAAGCCCGCAUCCCCGGCGAGGGACGCGGCGGAGGCGCACGGCGAGGUGGACCCAAAGAAGAAGUCCUCGCUCACCAGGCUCCUGAGGACGCCCCUGUCGGGCGGCGUGCUCAACAGCAUGAAGGAUGCGGAUCUGCCCUCCGUCGCCGUCGCGGCUAGGAACCUGAUGGAGCUCGCCGAUUACGCGGACCUGUCGACGAUCAUGUCCAACAUGAACCACCGCAGGACGGGGUACCCCUUCGCAUCCACGGUGGACUUCGCCACGGACGCGGACGGCUACCCCAUCUUCUGCCUCACCCCGCUCGCCAUGCACACGCGGAACCUCGCGUACAACAGCCGAGCGAGUUUGACGGUGAAGAUGAACGGCUGGGGCGGUUUGGCCAACGCGAGGGUGACCAUCUUCGGCGACGUGCACAGGCUCCCGGACGAGUACCAGGGCGCCGCGAACGAGGUGUUCAAGGCCAAGUACGAGGCCAGGAAGGAAGAGGUUGACCUGGAGGACCGUUGGGGAGACUACACCUUCUACCGCAUGAACAACAUCAUCGACGUGUACUUUGUGGGCGGCUUUGGCACGCUGAACUGGGUGAACCUUGACGAGUACAAGAACGCCAAGCCGGACAAGAUCGUCACGCCGUCGGAGGGGUCGUCCGUGCUGGACACUAUCGCCGAGCUCAACACCAGGUACGGCGUCAAGCUGGCGACGUCCGGAGCGGUCGAGGGCAGCAUCGGUCCCAACGAAUCCGUCCUGAGCGAAAAGGCGCGAGUGGAUGACCUGUGGAUAAUCUCCAUCGACAAGCGCGGCGUCGACGUCAGGGUGCGCGUGGACGGCGUCAGCCAGGUCAGGAGGCUCCAGUUCCAGGGGUGCGUGGAGACGUUCAACGACGCGUGCGACGCCGUCGAGGCUCUCAUCGCGGGCACCACCUGGUCAGGCGGGCCGUGCGAGGACGACGACGACAAGUGA